GUCACUGGCGCGGGACCAGCCCGAUUUUCGGGCUACAAACUCCAUCGGGCAUUUCUAGGCUUGAUCCUCACCGCCAUCUUCCCCGUGGGCAAGGAGGGGUAUCCUUGAAGAACAGCUCGAGAAGAAGAAUUUCUUUGAAGCACAAAGCCCUCUGGAGUGCUUAUUUAAAAAAAAAAAAACACCAACUUAUAUAACUUCAAAUGGCUCUAGAAUCCAGAGAGACUUCAGCACUGAAUUCACAGAAUCCAUCAGGGAAAGAGAGACUCCAAGUAGAGAAAGAAGAGGAUUACCUAUGGGGUAAGAGAGGUAGCCAGAAGAGGAAUGGCCCUUCCACCCAGGAGAUCUUCCGCCUGCAGUUCAGGCAGUUUGGCUACAGUGACACACCUGGACCCCGAGAGGCUCUGAACAAACUCUGGGAACUUUGCCAUCAGUGGCUAAGACCAGAGAUCCACACGAAGGAGCAGAUUCUAGAGCUGCUGGUCUUGGAGCAGUUCCUGACCAUUUUGCCAGAGGACCUGCAGAGCUGGGUGAGAGAUCAGCAUCCAGACAGUGGAGAGGAGGUGGUGACUGUGCUGGAAGAUUUGGAGAGAGAGCUUGGUGACGUAGGAUGUCAGGUUGCAUCAAGUACACAAAGAGAGUCAGAGGCCUGGGAGAAGAUGGCACCCUUGGGAGCAGCACAGCAUGCAUUGAAUAUCCAGCUUCAGCCUAUGAACACCCAGAUCAAGUGUGAGUCUCCAGAGCCCCAGUUCCUACAAGAAAGAGAUUUUGAGACUAGUACCAAGUGGUCCCUUCCAAAGCAGGAAUUUUCUGAAGCAGCAGAGUCACAGGAGAGGAUAUCUGGAAGAUUCCCAAUGGAUGUUUCCAAAGGAGCCAAGAUUGGAGAAGCCUGUGAAUGUGAAGACACUUUAGACAAGCAACAAGAAAACAAAAUGGAGAAAGUAGACGGAUCUCUUUCCCAGGAUGGAAAUUUUGUGGUAGUAACCAUCCCUUCUGAAAAAAUUCUCUUAGGAGAGAAUGGCCAUAGAUAUGAUGAGUGUGUGUGUACUUGUCAUUUGAACUCAAACCUGGUUAUACAACAUAGAAUUCCAGCAAGAGAGAAACCCCAUAUAUCUUCUAUAAAUGACCAAAGCUCCAGACAGAAUUCAUGUUUUAAUGUGCAUCAAACUAUCAUGAAAGUUUAUGAAUGUAAUGAAUGUGAGAAAACCUUUAAGCAGAACUCAGAUCUUAGAAAACAUCAGAGAGUUCAUAUGGGAGUAAAACCCCACAAAUGUACUCAGUGUGGAAAGGCAUUCAGUCAAGGCUCUGUUCUUAGGAAGCAUCAAAGAAUUCACACAGGAGAGAAGCCCUAUACAUGUGGUGAAUGUGGGAAAGCCUUUAGGGGGAGCUCAGACCUUAUUCAACAUCAAAGAAUUCACACUGGAAACAAACCCUAUGAAUGUAGCGAAUGUGGGGAAGCUUUUCGUAGGAGUUCACACCUUGUUCAGCAUCGAAGAAUUCAUACUGGAGAAAAACCUUAUCACUGUAGGGAAUGUGGGAAAGCCUUCAACCACAGUUCUUCCUUUAAUCAACAUCAGAGAAUUCAUACUGGAGAGAAACCCUAUGGGUGUAAUGAAUGUGGGAGAACCUUCAGUCAAAGCUCAUCUCUUACUCAACAUCAGAGAAUUCAUACUGGAGAGAAGCCCUAUGAAUGUAAAGAAUGUGGGAAACCUUUCAGGCAUAGGUCAGCCCUUAUGAAACAUCAAAGAGUACACACCAGAGUUUAACCUUGUGCAAAUUUUGAAUAUGAGGAAUCUUCAGGCAACUUUGCUGUUACUAAAUCUCAGAAAAUUCAGGCUGGGAUCAAAAUCCCAUAACGUAAUUGUGAGCUCCUCAAGGGCAGAGCCUAGAUUUGUCUUAUAGUGUUUGGCUGUCACCUGAGUUCCAUGUGCCUAUGAAACCCUUCUUAAGGUUUCUUUUGUGAUUGACUAAUCUUUGUUUCUUGUUAUUUAACUUUUGUUAACAGUUAUCUUCUAAGGGGGAGGGUAUAUAAUUUUUGCUACUUCAGAAAUGAUGGAAUUCAUAUCCCAGGAAAUUGAGGAUUGUAUUUCAGUUUUGGGUUGUCAGUGCCCUUUCCUCAGGAUGUAUAAUGUAGGCAGCUGAGUUCUCUGAAAUGAAUUGGGGACAACUUUUUAAGAAUGUCUAAGAAGACAGUCACUGGCCUAGAGAAUAGGAGAAUGGCAGCUAUUUAUGGUUCACAGUCAUUUUGACCUCUGAGAAGAAGAGACUGGAUCUUGGGGCAGGUAAAAAGAGUGUUCAGCAUAAUAAUAAUCAUGUCUGUUAAUGAUUACAACUACUACCCUCUGCUUCCCUUAGCCAGAGGAGGCCUUGAGGUCUGUGUCUUAAGAUCCAUACCCUCAGUCUUAUCUUGCCCUUUGGGACAACUCACUUCCUUACCACCUUCUUCAGAGUUGUUAAAGUACUUCCUGUUUUCUCUCAGGUUAGUACUAAAAAAUGACAAUUUGGAAGAGAAAUUACAGGCUUAGUUUCUAGAAUAGGUACCUAGUCUAUGAACUCUCUAGGCCCUUCUGGCCCCUUAGAAGGUAGAGAAGACACUACUCACCUUCUUUGACCCUGGAAGUCCCAGUUUUCCAUAGUGCUAUGAGUUUGGCUGGAGUGACUUCAUUUUUUUCCUGAUUUGUGACUCUAUAGACUUUUCCGGCUAUAGUGUUGGAAAGAGAUUUACUUUGUACCUUUCUUUGAUCAGUCAAUGUCCUGAAAGCUAUUGCUACAGAGGAGUGGGUACGUAGAUGUGCAUAGGAUGUAUGUGUUGUGAGCACAUGUUUAUCUUUAUUGGCCACACAGCAUUGAAUUGUCUCCCAGCAUCAGAAUAUGAUACUGCUUUUCAAUCUGCCCUGCUUUAUGACACUAGUCAGGGGGUUGUAGCCCUGGGAAUUUAGAAGAAGGUGCUUUGGUAACCAUACCAACAGAGUUCGGCUUGGACAAGCUAGGCAGCUCAAGGAUAGACCACAAGCAUGGAUGCAAUGGCAGCUGAUCAAUCAUGAACUCUAGUGUGGUGCAUGGACAUUAGGCAAGCAUCCCUUCCACUACCCUAGGGAAAUGGCAUCACAGCCAUUUUGUGAUGGAAUGGUCAACAAUCUCUGGAUAUUUCUUUUAGACCAAUUAAACUAUAUCAGUAGUCCCUGUCCAGGAUAUGAAAAUAUCAAGCAGUGGGCCAAAAUAAAAAAAACUAAAAUCCUGAAUGGGUUAUGGUCCCAGUGUUCAGUCACCAUAGAAUUAGAUGGAAGCAUCAUGGUAUUUUGAUGACAGGAUAGAGGGUUGGUGGCUACUGAAGUAUAUUGUAAGCACUGUGAGGCAUAGGGUUCAGAUGAGAGGGAAGGCAAUUUAAUCUUAAAAACUAUUAAUCUAGCUCCUGGGUAUAAAAUGUUAUGAUACAUAUUUUAUUUUCAUUUAUUUAUUUUGUAAAUUUUUGAUUCAUUUUAAACUUAAAUACAAAGCAAGAAAAGAAAAAAAGAGAACGUACACAGCAGAAUGUGAGAAGAUUCAGUACACAAAAAUAAAUUUCCAUUUUAAGAAAACCUAUAUAAUAAGUAGUAUACAUUAUCUGAAAAGCUGCCCAGCUUUUCUUUGCUUCCUUAUAGGUUUUCUUUUGUUUUCUGCUGUGCACUUUUUACUUUUUUCCCCCUUCCUCUCGCCCUCCCCUCUGAAGAAGACUAUUAUUCAACACCAGUAUACAUAUGCAUAGACACACAUACACACGCAUACACAUAUACACACACACGCACGCCUACAUAGAUAUCUUUAAACAUACACACAUAUACAUAUACACUUAUACACAUAUAAGUAAGACCAUACUAUGCUUAUUUCCAGUUAUCUCUUUCUUUGGAGGUGGAUAGCAUCUUGCUUCAUAGGGCCAAGUCUUUCCAUGUUUUUUCUGAAUCAACUAGUUAGUCUUUUCCUAUAUCACAAUAGUAUUCCAACACAAUCCCAUCCUAUCUGAGAGAUUGUCUGUCAAAGUAUUUUCCCAAUUUUUUGCAUUCCAUCUAUUCUUGGCUACAUUGGUUUCAUUUAUACAAGAAAAUUUUAGUUUAAAAUAUUGAAAUUAUCCAUUUUACUCUUCAACAAUGCUCUUGCCUUAUAGUUUAAGGUCUGAUAUUACUGAAUCUCCUUCUUUACAUCUUUUUCCUCUGUUUUUUUAAAAAUUCCUGACCUUAUUCUAAAUGAAUUUUGGAGUUGUUUUUUCUAACUCAGUAAGAUAAUUUUUUAAUUAUUUUUUCUAACUCAGAUACUUUUUUAGUAAUUUAAUUGGGAUAGCUUUGAAUAAAUAGGUUAGGAAUAAUUGUCAUUUUUUAUUAUGUUAGUUUCAACCUACCCGUGAACGAUAAAUAUUAGUCCAAUAUGAUACAUAUUUUAGAUACCAGGUGAGCAUGGACUGUCUAGGCCUCUCCUCCAAAGGCAUGUGAUUUUCUGGGAAGACAUUGGGUGAGACAUGAUAUAAGGGUAGAGUUUGAAAUUGAAAGAGGUAAAGGACCUAUACAUGUUAGAGAAGUCAUAGAAUCACUAAGCCUAAGAGUUUGACACCUCAGAAAUUAAUAUUCACUACAAUAUCUAUGACAAGCCUCUGAAGACCUCUUGUCUGAACAACCCCUUCUACUUUGGUACGUCUCUGAUGUUUGGAAGAUUUUAGGGACAUCAGAUGUAGAUGUGUCUGCAGAGACUGCCCCUGACACUACGGUGGUUAAAUCUAAUCCUUCUACAUGACAGGCCUUUAGGUACUGGAAGACAAUUAUGUUACUUCAACUGAUCCUCAUGGGCAUCUUCUCCAGUCUUCUGUCUUGGGUGCCCUGUUCUGGACAUGCCAUAUCUUGUCUGUGUCCUCAAAACCUAUUGUGUUUCUAACAACAAUGUUGUUAGCAGCUGCUGUGGGGGUGUAAGACCAAUAACACCACUAUACAGGAGGGCUGCUAGCACAAGUUCUUUGAUCUGCUUUUCUAAGGAGAGCAACUUUAAGGGGUUUACAAUCUCACUUUAAUUAAACAUAUAUAUAUAUAUCAUUCAUUUAGUUCAGGGGGAAAAGUCAGCACCCUGAACUUCAGAGAAAAUAUACACAGAAAUUACAAGCAGAAAUUAUGUAAACAGAUCAAAUAAUGCAAAUCAACAGACAGGCUUCUAGCUGUCUGACCAAGACAAUACAUACAUAGUUACCAGAGAGAGAGAAGCACCAACAUCUGGGUUUUUCAAAGAGGGGAAAGAGAGGAGGGUUCCUUAAUGGCUACCCAGAGUCUUGUCUGGGCAAAUCACAGGAACACUCUUCCAAUGAGUAACCGCCAAAGGAAAAUGCUAACCUCAGAGCAUAUGGGGCUUAAUGCCUAUUUAGCAAAAGGGUGUAGGCCUGAGGCUUAGCAUCUACAUAGCAAAAGGGUGUGGGAAAGAUCUCUAAUCACACUAUCACCACAUCAUGUAUAUUGUUUCCAAUCAAUACCUCUUGAUUCAAACAAAGGCAAUACUCAAAGGCACUUGAUUGCUUUAGUGCUGAGAAGCACUCCAAAAUAAAAUAUAACAAAAAGUCCCACUUUGCUUGCCAUUACAGUCUCAUUGGCUGGCAAGACUUCAUUCUUUAACCCUGAUAAAGCUCUGCUGGUGGCUAGAAUUGAAUAGAAUAUUCCAGAUGUAGUCCAACUAGAGCUGUUAGCAGCAGAACCUUUCCUCUCUUGAUUGAUGCUGAUCAUGUCAAUAAAGCUUAGUAUGGCGUUGACUUUUUCGACUGCUGUCACAGUGCUGACUCUUACUGGACUUGUGGUCCACUGGAAUCUCCAGAUGUGUGUGUGUGUUGUGCGAACUGAUGCUUCCCCUUCAUUUUAUUUGAUUCAGGCCAUUAUGUUAUGUUAACAAAAUUCUUGUAAACUAACUCUUGUCACCCAACAGGUUAGC